ACUAGUGAAAGGUUUUCCAGAAAAUGAGGAAAUUGCUGGUUCUGUACUGUAGUUGUUUCGUUUUCUGCUGUGAGUUAGUCAAGUAGAUCAACACGUACCAUUCCACUGUCAUGUGUGUAGCUGGUCCGCUCAUCGUCAGGGUUGCAACAUUGUCGUAUAGUGCUGCAUUGCCGCUACACUGCCGUCCUGUCGGAGUGCUCUCAAGAACGCCAACUAACUAAUACUUACUUAUUUCGGAGGUGUCAUUCAAACGGUGGAGAACGCACUAUACUAGCGCGGCAACGGACAGGUGCGCAGGAUGAGUGGCCAGUUGCAGCUGCAUUGGCUGUACUGCUCGUGCGUGUCCUUCUUUGUUCUCCUGACGGCUCGUCCCGGUGUCAGUGAUACCUCUAAUACUACUACAACCGUUCAACCUGAUUCGCCAAGCCAGUAUAAUGAAUCUGUGUGCACGUCCAACACAGGGGACUGGAGCUCUCUCAAGGAGUUGCUGAAGGCGGGCAAGAAUGUACACUGCCAUCGCGUGCUGUGGAACGAUACUGAUACUGCAAGUGGUGGCGGUGGACUGCUUGUUGGAGGCCUUUUGCCUAUGAAUGCACUGAACGACGACACUUUCCACUGCGAAACACCCAGUAAUAUCAACCGUGUCAGACUUGCAAUGCAGCUAGCCGAGGCUUUUCUCUAUGCUAUAGAAGUUAUCCGUGAUGAGCUGCGUGUGGUCAACCCAGUGCUUACACAGGCGCUUCAAGGUGUGGAGAUACGAGACUCCUGCCUCAGUCCAUACACUGCAGUAUCGGAGGCAUUCCAAAUGGCGAAGAGAUCACAGCGAGCAAAGCAGCUAUGCGAUGCUAGUGAAACGGGAGGGUUUCCCGCAAUCUACAAGUUUGCGCUAAAUUCUUCUAAGCCCAGCGAGGAACUGGAUUUUUCAAAUUCCUGUCCCAUUUCUGCAGCACCCACGAUCGACAGUGGCCGCGCAUCGCAGGACCUAGAAAUUGGACUUGUUCUGGGACCGGCUCUAAGCAAGAGUAUUGAAGUGGUGGCGCCGGCUCUGAGUGUGUUCAAAAUGCCGCACAUUGCAUACUGGGCAUCGUCGCCGAAGUUCGAGGAGAAACAGCAGUUCCCGUACUUGUUUCGUACCGUGCCAAGUGAUCGCUUCCAGGCAAAGGCUAUGGCUGAUUUGUUGGCUGCCUUCAGGUGGACAUAUGUGUAUGCACUUGCUAGUGAUGACGUCAUCACAGGUGGCCGUGGCUUGCAGUACUUCCGCGAAGCAGUGAAUUCCCUCGGUGAGAACUACUGCAUAGCGUACGAGACCCGAUUCCACUACAAGGAUAAGGACACAGUGCGUGCCAUAGUCCGGCGAAUUGUUGUGGGUCGCAAUGACGGUCGCACCAAUGUCUAUAAAGAUCCCAGUGUUGUGAUGCUGUUUGCUGGCUUUCUAUACGCUGGUGCAGUGUUUGACGCCUUGGAGGAGUUGGUAUUGGCCAAUGACACGGCCGUCAUUGAUGCUCUGGAACAUCGGCCGAUGGUGUGGAUAGCGAGUGACGCAUGGAUUGCGCAGGCGCCUGAUAUCGUGUACGGACGUACUACCUACAUUGGCCAGCAUACUGUACUUGGAUUUAGCUUCAAGGUUCCUACGCAAUUCCAUUCGUAUCAGGAGAGCUUCGCCGAUGGAUUCCAGCAGCACUUGGAGAGUCUGAGAUUGACACGUGAAUCUAUUCGUCGCAACCCAUGGCUAGGACUACUCUGGCAGUCUAAAGGGAAAUGCAAAGUAGAGUUUGACGAGGGUGAAUGCUCAGAAGAGCCAUGCUGUAACCUGACUUUGAGUGCCGCAGAUUUCUUCAAUCUGAAGGGGAACAACAUGGCACCGCCGCUUACGUCUGGAGCACUGUGGCUGGCUUCCAGGGCUGCUGUGGGUGCAAUCAGCAAAAUGUCCAGUAGGAGCCGGUGCUGGAGGCACGAGAGCUCCAGUGCACUGUAUCAUUACCUGCGUGACCUGGACAUUCCGUGUCGGGACGGACAAAAGACCUUUUGUCCUGUUUUCAAUGUAUCACAAGACAUCGAGGCCAUGUAUACCAUCCAGAGUAUUCGCGUUGCUGAAGAUAAAAAGGCAACCCGUUACAUUGUGGGUAGCUGGUCACAGCGAGACGGUAUCCAGUUCUCUUGUUCGCCUGAUAAUGCGACCAACAUCAGCUGCAUUGAGUGGAUAGGAGGUGCAGCAACUCCACCGGAGUCCUAUUGCUCUAAGCCCUGCAGAGCUGGUCAGAAUUUUCAGCCUGUCAAGGACUUGGUACGGCCAGCCAGCGCGGCUUGCUGCUGGCAAUGUUCGAAUUGCUAUGGCAACACAUUCACCAAUACCACAACAUCAUUGGUCUGCUUGAAUUGCACGUAUGGCUACAAAAACAACAUUGACCAUUCUGAUUGCGAAGCAGUUGUUGUCUUGCACUACGACUUCAAUCACCCGGUUGGCAUCGUCAUCACGGUACUCUCAUGUGUUGGCAUUUUAGCAGUGGUCUUUACUGGACUAUUCCUGUAUUGGUUUCGUCACGAACCGCUUGUGCGAGAGACCGGAAGUGCUUUGAACUAUGCCCUGCUUGUCUCAUUUCUAGUUGCCUUCGUGACGUCCAUAUGUCUGCAGACCGAACCAUCUAAGGCAUACUGUGUAACCAUGUCUAUACUGACAGCAACUACUAUUAUCGCAAUGAAUACUGUUCUCACUGCAAGAAGCCUUCGGGUGCGGUACAUGAGCAAGGCCUUUCGUGCUAGUCAGCGGCAGCGCCAGGACGAAGAACAUCGGAGAAGGAAUUCAGAGCUGCCGGGUGCAAGGUUAGGGAGUGCUAGUGAUGAUGCCCUCACGGAUGACGGCGAUGCAGCACCAGUUGAAGAGAAGGUGACCUGGACCCAACGUUUACAAAGCUUUCAAGACCCGUUUGCCAAUUUAUUUAGUCCAUCAUGGAAGAGGCAACUGCUCUUCUGUUUCAUCUUGAUAAUGAUCCUGGGAGUGGGCAUGCAUGGAGCAUUCCAGGCCAUUGACCCACAUUCAAGGGAGGUAUUCAACUACACUGAGACUGAGUUCCAUCUGGUAUGCACAGAGAGUGAACGCUUCAACGCGGUGUCAACGGCGUGUCUGUUCAUCUCCAUACUCAUCAUGUUCCUGAGCGUCUGCCUGUCGAGGAAGCUAAUCACCAAGCAGGAGAUGGAGAGGUUGAGCAAACUUGCUGCAGACAAGAAUCAAGUUAAAGGGAAGAUGAAUACGGAAGGCAAACUGCUGAUGCUUGCUGGUUUCAGUGUGCUGGCACUGUUUGUGGGGCUGACACCCACGUUCUUCGUCACCAAGCGUGUUCUUUGGCCUAUUAUGGCCGCUGUAAGCCUGAACGCGGAGGCGCUCGCAAUAUGGGCAUGUGUCUUCGUUCCUAGACUGUAUCUGUUUCGGAGAGAAAUUAUCGAUCUUGUACGAAAUUUCUCCUGUCUUCGUAACGAAGGAGAGGUGCCGGCGGCGCGCGGCGGCCCCAGGCCUGCGGCUGGCAGAAAUAUGAACGAUGGCAACCAGGUGCCCUGUCUUGUGGAGUCCAGUGUGUAGCCAAAGACAUAAGUAGCAGCACCACCACUAUCAUGCUGCUGCAUACUAUUCAUUCAUACCACCUAUCGAGUGUGUGGCACCCAGAAGGAUUUCAUUGGCCUAUACAAACACAGCAGCUUUUCCGUAACAGUGUGGGUACUUCUAGAAGGCUUUGUAGUUUAGAAAGGUGCAACAUGAAUCCAAUCCUCCUUGUAGAAACCUGGCCAUGAUGGACACUUCAUUAGAUGGACUGGCAUGCCCUUGACUUACCUGGCAUACCCUUGACUUACACUUCAUCUGAUACACUAGCAUACUCCGCUCUACGCUUGACAUAUCGAGCUUUGAAAAAAAGAAAGAAAGAGACGUAUAUUUUACACAAGGCUGAUGGUAAAUAUCUAUGAUAUUAUGCCGGUUCAUUCCUAUUACAUUAGAAAUUAGAAUGCUUUUAGCUCGCUCACUUUUUCUGGUCUAAGUUUGGAGCACAGACCUGCUUCUCACCUGCUUCUCACCUGCCUGAUUCUCCCCAAGCAAGUUUGUAGCUGCAAAUAGUUCUUCAA